GCUUUGGGGUGAAGCCUGUUGCCAUUGGGCUCUUGGCAGGCGCUGCAGCAGGGUCAGUGCCAUGGGGGGACAUGGGAUGGGUCCAUGCACCCUGUUGCAGCGCUGGGUGCUAUGGGGAGGGGGGGGUAUUGGUUCACGCUGGAGACAUCCGGGCUCCGAACCCCGUGGCGAGGUGUGUGACGCCAGAAGCGGAGCCGAGCCUCAUAUUUGGGCACGGAGCAGGUUAUUGGAGGCCGGGGCCCCGCCACAUGGGAGAUAACCCAACUGAUAACGGGCUCAAAGGGUGCUGCCGCUUCCACUGGCUCCGGCGCUGCCUAUAAAUCACCCAGCCCACCCCACGAGGGGGUGUCCUGGCAUGCGAGAUGGUGCCUGGGAGGGUGCUGGGGGUGCUCCUGUGGGUGCAGCUCAGCCUGGGGCAGCCUCGGAGCACCCCAGAGCCCCAGGCUGAGCUGAGCAGCAGGCAGGGCCCCGAUGAGCUGCGGCUGGUGGGUGGUGGUGGGCGCUGCGCCGGGAGGGUGGAGGUGAAGCAUGAAGAUGAAUGGGGCUCCGUCUGCAGCUACGACUUCGACUGGGACGCCCGCUGGGCCACCGUGGUGUGCCGGCAGCUCGGCUGCGGCACGGCGGCCACGUCGUCCCCGUACGCUCCGUUCGGGCAGGGCACCGGCCGCAUCUGGCUCCACGUCUUCUUCUGCCGCGGCGACGAGGCGAUGCUGCAGGACUGUCCCCAUUUCGGAUGGGGCCAGCACUUCUGCAGCCACGAGCGCGACGUGGGGGUGACGUGCACAGACGCGGUGGAGCUGAGGCUGGCGGGCGGCGGCGGUCCCUGCGCCGGGAAGGUGGAGGUGAAGCUGCGGGGACGCUGGGGCGCGGUGGCGGACGACACGUGGGACAUGGUGGAUGCCGAGGUGGUUUGCCAGCAGCUGGGCUGCGGCUCGGCCGCCAGGGCCUACAUCGAGAGCAGCCGCUUUGGCCGCGACGACAGCCCCAUCAACAUGGUGCUGGUGAACUGCCGCGGGCACGAGAAAGCGCUUUGGGAGUGCGAGGUGAGGGGCUGGGGGCCCUACAGCGGCAUCCACGACUUCGACACCGGCGUCAUCUGCCAAGGGUUCUCCCAGCUGGUUGGUGGCGAUGACCCCUGCGCGGGGCGGCUGGAGGUGCGGCAGGGCCAAGCCUGGCUCGGGCUCUGUGAGGAUGCCGUGGACCUGAACGCUGCCCAGGUCGUCUGCCGGGAGCUGGGCUGCGGCUCGGUGCUGGCUGUGCCGGGGCCCGGGCUCUUCCCGGGGGGAUCGGAGCCGCAACGGGGCGUGGGAUUCGAGUGCAGCGGCACCGAGCUCGUCCUCAGCGCCUGCCGGCGGCGGGCACCGAGUGCCCAGGCCUGCACCGGCCACGCCAGCAUCAUCUGCUCCUCCUACACCGGGUUCCGGCUGGCGAACCACAGCUCGCGCUGCGCCGGGCGGGUGGAGGUGAUGGCGGGGGGGACGUGGGGGUCCCUCUGCGCCAGCGCCUGGGACCUGCCCGAUGCCCGUGUCCUCUGCCACCACCUGGGCUGCGGCCCUGCCGCCGCCGUGCUCCCGGGAGGCUCCUUCGGCAGCGGGAACGGGACCCUGCGCCUCGACGCCUUCGGCUGCAGCGGCAGCGAGCAGCACCCCAGCCAGUGCCCCGUGGCGGUGCUGGGGGAGCCAAGCUGCCCCCCCGGCCACGCUGCUGCGGUCGAGUGCUCCGGCGCUGCCGAGCCCGUACGGCUGCUGGAGGGGCAGAGCCGGUGCGAGGGCCGGCUGGAAGUCACCACGAGCACGGGCACCUGGGCCGCUGUGUCCGCGGGGCUCCGGGACACCCAGGCGGCCACCGUGGCGUGCCGGGAGCUGGGCUGCGGCGAGCUGGAGCGGGUCUCCCCCGUGCCGAGCCCCAGCGCCGUGGGGCUGCAGGAGGUGCAGUGCUCGGGCAGCGAGGACGCCCUGGCGCAGUGCAACGUCUCGGCCGCGGCCGUUGCUGCAAGCGGCGCUCCCGAGGCUCUGGCUGUUGUGUGCUCCGGCAGCCGGCGGCUGAGGCUGGCGGGGGGCCCUGGGCGCUGUGCGGGGCGUGUGGAGCUCUACGUUAAGGGCGCUUGGAUCCCCUUGUGCCAGGACGGCUGGGACAUCCCCGACGCCGCCGUCGUGUGCCGGCAGCUGGGCUGCGGGGCAGCGCUGGAAGCGCCCGGCUCCGCUCGCUUCGGCCCCGGCGCGGCACCGCCGUGGCCGGGUGCCGGUGGCUGCGCCGGCACCGAGGAGUCCCUUUGGGAUUGCCCGGCCCCAGCGCAGCGCGGCUGCCGGCUGGGCGGCGGGGCCGGCGCCGUGUGCUCAGGGCAGCUCUCCCUGCGGCUGGCGGGCGGCAGCGGCCGCUGCAGCGGCCACUUGGAGCUCCUCUACAACGGGACGUGGGGCCGCGUGUGCGCCGACGGCACCAGCGCGGCCACGGCCGCCGCCGCCUGCAGGCAGCUGGGCUGCGGGCACGAGGGCAGCCUCGGGGCCGUGGCUGCCCCGCUGCCGGCCCCCGCCUGGCUCGCCUGGGUGCGCUGCGAGGACGGGGCCCGCUCGCUGUGGCGCUGCCCCUCGGCUCCCUGGCGCCUGCAGCCGUGCGGGCCCGGCGGGGACGCGCAUGUGAUGUGCGCCGAGGAGAUGCUCACCCCGGCCCCGGGGAGCCCCACGGUCACAGGUAGCUCUGAUGCUGAGCCCUGCGCCGGGCCGGCCGCGCUCCACGGCCUCGCUUCACCUCGCUCCCCUGGCCCCGCAGGUGUCCCCAGUGCCAGCACCCCGCGGGCGGCCACGGUGCCGGUGCCGACGGUCCUGUGCGUGGUGCUGGGGGUGCUGCUGUGCCUGGCGCUCGCUGUCCUGGCUGUGCAGAUGUACCGUGCCCGGGCUGGGCGACGAGAGCUUGGCAAAGCCGUGGAUGCUGUGUAUGAGGAGCUGGACUACACCGGGAUGCAGGAGUACCAGAAGGUGCCCAGUCGCCCAGGCUCCCCAACAGAGGGCUCAGAGACGAAGCUGCCCUAUUACACCGCGGAGGAUGUGGAGGAGAGUGACCCCAGCGCAGCCCCAGGUAGGGACAUGGGGACAGGAUCCCAGCGGGGACCCCCCCUAGGACUGGGGAACGAAGGGGGCACAGGGUCCCCUGGCCUGAAUGAGCCCAGCUCAGCAGUGGCUCUGGAUGAGCAGCCCCAGGGCCUCCCGGACGCCCCUGGUGGUGUGGAUGGAAGGGGGGUGACACAGCCAGAGCCCUGCCGCGGCCUCCGGGUCACC